AUGAUGCUCCUCAGUCAGUCAGAACAGGAUCUGCAGCCUGUGAGGCGGUGUGUUACUGACACACACACACUCUGACACACACACACACACACACGGAGCUGACUCUCAGUAUCACAGAGAUCAGUGAGGAGGAGAAUCUGCCUUCACCAGGUUAAUGUGCGGCUCGACAUGCCACCUCACAUGGAUUACCUCUAUCACGAGUCCCGAGUGCCCUCUGCUUGCGGGCUGACCCGGGAGGAUGAGCUGGAGCCCGGGGUCAUCAGCUGUAUGCUGGUCGGGGACGGAGCCGUCGGGAAGACCAGUAUGAUCAUCAGCUACACCUCCAACGGAUACCCGACAGAGUACCAGCAGACUGGAUUUGAUGUCUUCUCUGGUCAGGUCCAAGUAGAAGGAUCUCCAGUCAAAGUGCAGCUGGUGGACACUGCUGGACAGGAGGAAUUCGAUGAAUUCAGAGCUCUGUCCUACGCCCACACGGACGUCUUCCUCCUGUGCUUCAGCAUGGUCAACCCCACCUCCUUCCACAACAUCACCAAGAAGUGGGUCCCGGAGAUCCGGGCGUACAACCCGUCCUCGCCCAUCGUCCUCGUCGGCACUCAGUCGGACCUCUUGCUGGACGUGAACGUGCUCAUCAACCUGGACCGCUCUAACGUCAAGCCCAUUCCGAGCUCCCGGGCCCGGAGCAUGGCGGACAAGAUCAGGGCCACGGACUACAUUGAGUGCUCUUCGCUCACACAAAAGAACUUGAAGGAGGCGUUUGACGCGGCCAUCUUUGCCGCCAUUAAGAACAAAACCCGCAAGACCAAGAAGAGGAGGUUCUCUGACAGGCGCACGAAAGCGUUCUCCAGGUGCAGCUGGAAGAAGUUCUUCUGCUUCAUCUGAACUCAGAAACUGUGGACAAAACUUUAAUUUAUUGAAAUCAUUUAAUCACGCUUGUUGUCGCAGCUCUGAUCUGUGGCAGUUUAGCAUCCUUUGGCUUGUUUUACUCGGGGAUGCUGAAUGGUGCAAGGGAAAACAAGGCGUGAGCACAGUUAGCAUUGGGAGCUAACAUCUGUGGAGACAGCAGAGAGGAUUGUGGGGCUGGUUUCACAUUCCUGCACACUCAGGGCAGCAUAUCUGACAUAUUAGAUAUCAAAGCUUCAGUGUGCAUGCCUCACUUGAGAGAAGGCAGUGAAUUGAGACUUUACAGGAACAUAUCAACACACAGCCGCAGAGAGAAGCAGCAGGCUUUCAUGUAAAUGUCCUUAAUUUGCAUGGCGUGCUUUGCUAGCAGCUGCAGCCUGUAAUGUGAGCGAGGGACAGAAACAGAAAGUGUCCGGGGCUGUGUUUGUGCAGAUGGGCGUCAGCCACUUCUCUGUUGUGCUCUGACUAUCUGGCCACACCAGCUCUAUUUAUAUGUGGCAGCUGCGACUUCAGGUUGCAGUGCGAGCUGCUACAUUCUUACCUGUGUGUGAAAGCUCCCCCGGCUGGUUUGGCUUUUCAAGCCUGUGAGUUAAUCAGCUGACAAUCCCAUCGCCCGUGACGUGUUUUUAUUGGAGUUUUAUCAACUUGUUGCGAAGGAGCAACACUGCAGGACGGUUUGUUUGAGACAAAUCUGAAAACCUUUGUUAAUUCUGGCAUCGGCUCAGUUUGAACAUCCUCUGGUCGGAGGUGAAAGGCUGCUUUUUGUCCCCCGUCAAUCUGCAUCUGUAAAAGCAAACACUGCAGGAGUCUUGACUUCCACCCUGCAGAUCCUCCCACCGUCAGCCUGGCUUUUUUAAUCCACUCCUCUUUGUUUACAUGCUCAAUACACUCCUUAUCUCCUCAGCAGAGUGUGUACAGUCAGAGGACGCCUAUCAGCCUCUGCUUGUAAGUGUGAGGUAAUACACUUUUUAAAGAAGCCUUGUGUCUGUGAUGUAUGUGCUAAAGACUCCAGUGUGACAGUAUCUGGUGAAUAUAUGAGUGAGCAGAGGCAGGGCUUUACUAUACUUCUUGUGGAAGUCAGCUUAAUGUAAAUGCUAUUCUGUUUGUUAAAACAGGUCAUGUUAAUGUGAAAUAUCAGAUCAGACAUGGAUUUUAAUUGCAUUGAUGUAUUCCACAAUUGUAUCACUGUUACCAUCUCCUUCUCUAACCUGUGUGUCUUUUUUACACGUGGGAGUGAUACGAUGCAAAUAAAUGAAGUGCAAAUUA